AUGAGAAUAACUUCUUUUUUAUAUUUAUUAUACCUAGCUGUUGAAUUAUCAAAAUGUUGGAGCAUUUACAUGCUGCCAAGGAAUUACCCAUAAGAAAUUUACUAAAUAACUUAUGAUGAACAUUUGAAAAUAUAUCAGAAUGGUUUUGGUGUUUGGAGCAGAUAUACACCUUUAAGUAAUAUUUAAUAAAUUGGUGAAAUUGGAAUACUUGAUAGCAAUUGCUUUAAUUUGUUUAAUAUAAAAGAUAGUGUUACUAAUGAAUUACAUUUUGUGUAAUACGAAUGUAUUAAUUUUGAGACUUAAUCAAUCAAGAAAUAUUUUUAAUUUUUAAGUCAUGAUAGAAAUAGUUUUAAAGAAGAAAUAUUAAUCAAUGAUACCUCUUAUGAAUCUACGUGGUAUUUUUAGGGAAUAUUAAAGAUUCCUCAAGAAAAUAUAAUAUAUAUAGUAUUAUAUAAAUAAUAGAAUGAGAUUUUUGCUAAAUAAAUUUAAUUUGAAUUUUUAUUUGAAGAAAAUAAUUAUAAUAUAGUAAUUGGAGGUGACUUGAUAGUAAGUCAGAAUUCACCACUAUAUACUUUAGAAAAUAGAUUACUUUCGUUUUUUCCAGGAGACACUGACUAUUUAUUUUCUGGAAUCUUUUUAAAAUCUGAAUAUUACUUUAGUAUAAUUGAAGAAUAUUAAAAUGAUGAAUGUGAUUGUAGAAGUAAUGAAAUAGAAAGAAUAGAGGAUGUUUAAAUAGAAAAAAAAGGAUUAUAUGAGUUUAUAUCUCGAGAACCUAAUUGUUAUGAAUUUUUAUUAUCAGGUUGGAUUAAAAUUUAAGAAAUUAUUUAAAUGGAUGAAGAAUUAUAUUAUUAAUUAAUAAGACUAUCAGCUAAUUUUCAAGAUUCUCCAUUGGUUGAUGCAAAUUUGUGUGCAUUUUAAUUAUUUUACAAGUUAUCUUAAUAAAGAAAUUAAAUAAUAAUAACAACGUAUAGUUAUACUUUUCCAUCUGUCAAUAUAGAUUUUUCAAACAAUCCUUUCCUAAAAACAGAAACAAUUGAUAUAGACUGGGAUAUUAAAUUAUGGCAUUACAUACUAGUAGAAAAAAAAUAAAAUUUAAUUUCAAUUUCAAUCAAAUUUUACAAAGGCUUUGAUCAAAAAGUAUUUAUUGUUAACUUUGAUGUAAUAUAGUUUAAUAUGAUGCAAUUUAAAUUGUUGUAUGGAAAUAUAUUUUAAUCACAAAAUAACUUUUUAACAAUAUAAAUUGUAGAUUUUUAAUUAAUAAAGUGUUCUGAUGAAAGUAAACCAUAAGUUAGUUGUCAUCCUACUUGUUAAGAAUGUGAUGGCCCAACAAGAAAUGAUUGUUUAUCUUGUUUUGAAACAUCAAACAGAAGGUUUUUAGAAGAUUUUAAGGAGUGUAUUUGUGAAUAUGGAACCAUAGAUUAAAAUGAUUAAUGUAUUAAUUAUAAAACUUUAUAAAAUACUUUAAUUUAAGGGGAACCUAAAUAAGAUAAAUGCAAAUAUGGUUUUUUUGAAUAUGAAGAUGAAUGUAUUUAAUGGUAUUAUUUUUAUUAUAUAAUUAAGCCCUUCAAUAAUUAAUAAUAAUCUAAUAACGUGUUUAGAAUGUUUAUAAAAUCCUAAAUAAUGGGCUUAAACAUUUUUAUGUGAUACAAAUUUAUUUACAAAUAAAAAUGGAAAUAUAGCAUAAUAUUUUGAAAAAAUCGAAUUAUAAUAUUAUUUAUUAGGCAAUGAUUUACAAUACUGUUCAGAUUGUGAUGUACAAAAUACAAAUCCAAAUUAUAAUAAUGUUUAAUAAAUAUUUGAAUUUAAAACUUUCUGUAAAAUCUCACAAAAAUUAAAUGAUGAAUGUUAUUUUUGUGGAUAGAAUUGCGAUGAAUGUGAAAUUUUACAAACAAAUCUAAGCUGCUCCUAAAUAUACUCUAGAUUUAAUUCAUAAGGAUUUAAUUUAUAUUAAGAAAAACCAUGUGACCCUCCAAAUUUUAAAGGUUUUUCAAGUAAAUGUUUUGAGUGUAAAAUUCCAUAUUGUUUAUAUUGUUUCAAUUAUUUAGCUAGUGAUCCUACAAAAACUACACUUGGUUUUUAUCAAUCAUACACAUUAAUUGAUGAAGAGAUUAAAGUAGGAUGCGCUUAAUGUAUUGAUGGAUUUAUUUAUAAAUUUUAAAUAGGAGAAUGUAUUUAUUAAAGACCAUCCUAAGAAAAUUGUCUUAGAUCCUUUUUUAAUCUAGAAAAUUAAGAAAUUUGUACAUUAUCAGCAAUAAAUGAUUUUAAUAUUGCUUUUGAAAUCAUAAACUGUUAAAAUCAUAUUCUAAAUUGUUAACAAUGUAUUGAAACACCAUAAUAAACUCUGAGAUGUUUAAUAUGUUAGGAUGGUUAUUAUGCUUAAACUCAUUCAGGAAUCUGUUUAAAAUGUGAACAUUCUAAUGCAACAAAAUGUUGUGAAUACAGCAUAUUAGAAUAUUGGAAAUGGUUAAUUCAAGGUUUUAUCAUGAAAUUCUUGCCAAAUCGUCCUAUUUUUUCUGGCUCUUUAAUCUCCUCCAAAACUUAAGCUAUUGAAUGUAUAUAAGGAUAUAAAUUAUAUGGUAAAAAUUGUUAAAAAUAUUGUGAUGAAAAUUGUUCAGUUUGUGAAAGUUUAAAUAAUUAUGAUUUUACUUGCUCCAAAUGCUCAUUAAAUUAUUAUAAAGAAACAAUGAAAGUUUAAAUUGAAGGAAAAUGUAUUUAAUGUCCCUCAUUAUGUCAAGUUUGCUAAAAUAGAUCAAUUGAAGAAAUAAAAGUAAGAAUCUUUCUUAAAAUAGAAAAUAAAUCCAUAUUUCACUAUAACUCCUGAAAAUAUAAUGUAUUCAUUUAAAUGCAUCUAAAAAAUUCCUUUAUAGUCAGUCCAGAUAGAUCCAAAUCUACAAAUUGCUUAAAAUUGCUUUGAAAAUAAUUGCAAUUAUAAUUUAGAAUAUUAUUUUGUAAUUUAUUAUUUAAUUUAGAAUGAUUUAAUUUGUAACCAUCUAGAAAAUAUUGUGUUAAUUUUAUAAGAAGAUUAUAAUUAUAUAUAUUCUAAUGAAAUUGGCCUUUAGUAAGUUACCUUAUUACUUUAAAUAAAUGAGGAGUGUGUUUUUUAUAGUUCUGAUUAAUAUAUUGAGAAUGACUUUAAAGAACAAAUAUUUUCUAUUUAAUAAACUAGUUUGAAGAUUUAGAGCAGCAAUAAUCCUUUAAUAAUUUUAGAUUAUUUAUACUUAGAUAUUUUUAAAUUUGAUUCAAUUAUUUUCAGUCAUCUUCAAUUUCAAAUUAAUCUUGAUUUGGAUAUCAAACUUCUUAAUGAUGAUUAACCUAUUAAUUUAAAUAUUCAUGAUACAGAAUUUUAUUCAAUAGUUAAUAAUCUAGCAUAAAUGUCAAUUAAAACAAAUAAAUUCCUCAAUUUUAAUUUAUAAAAUAUAUCAUUUUUUGAUAUAAGUAUAGUAAAUUCAUUAAUUUUUGAUAUAAUUUGUGUAGAUUCGGGGGAUGAUCUUAUUAUUAUAAAUCUUUUACUUAGAAAUUGCAUAUUAACUAAUUCAACAUUAUUUUAAUUUUAAAAUAGUAGGAGAAACAUUUAAAUUAAACAUAUUAUGAUUGAUUCUUGUUAAUUUAACAAUUCAACUUUUGCAAAAUUCAAUAUUACUUAAAAUGAAUUUUCAUAAGCCAUAUUUAAUAAAGUUUCUAUAAUAAACUCUUUUUUUCAAAAUUCAAUUCUUAUACAUAGUCCCCAAAAAACUGCUAUCCAUAUAACUGAUUUCUCAUUUAUAUAAAAUUAAUUUAUGAAUUCUAAAUUCAUAAUAUUUAAUUAUGACUUUUAUUGUUAUAAUUUAAUAUUCAAGGAAAACUAUGUUAAUUCAUUUUAAUUAAUAUCAUAAAUCUCAUCCAUACAAGAAAAGUAAGAAAUUUAUAUGAAUAAUAUUUAGAUUAAUGAAAAUACUGUAAACUAUUUUUCUAUUUUUAUUACUGAAUAAAAACAAUCAACUUCUUAAGUGAUAGUUUAAUUAUCAAACUUUUAUUUUAAAGAUAAUGUUAUUACUUGUAAUUAAGAAUAGUAACUUAUCAUUUUUAAUUGUUAUAGCUUAUUAAUGCAAAAUAUAUACCUAAAGAAUACAACUAAUUUUCAAUUUAUAUCAUUAUUUGCUAUACCUUUUAUAAGAAUUGAAAAUCUUGUUUAUGAAAAUUAAAUUUAGGAAUUAAAAGUAAGAAUAUCAUCUAAUUGUUUUUAAAAUUGUUUUCCUCAUUCAUAAUUGUUAAUAGUAUCAGGUUUCACUGAAAUAAUAUUAAAUCAAAUUAAAAUUUUAAAUUAGUUUAGUGUAGAUUAAUCAAUUAUUUCAAUUUAAUCAAAUUCAUUGAUUAUGUUAACUAAAUAAGAAUAUAUUAGAAUAUAAGAUAUAUUAGUGAAUGGAAAUAUUAUAAUAAAACAAAAUAUUGGAAUUAUUAUAUCCUUGAUAGAAAUAAUGACUACAAAAUCUUCAAUUAUAGAAAUAGAAAAUCUAAAAUUUUAUGAAAAUGUUUUUCAUUAAUAUUAUGAAGAUCCAUCUGAAACUUUUGCCAGUCUUUUAUAUAUAGAUUCAAGAUCAAGUUUUAUGAUUUUAAAAAAUAUUAUUUGCACUAAUAAUUCUAUAACAAAUUCUUCCUCAGCUUAUAUAUCAAUUUCCUCAAAUCAAAUAUAGAUUGAAAAUUUUUAAGUUAAUAAUCAUAAUUAUAUUGAUCAGGAAUUUUGGAUUAAAUAUUACGAAAUUUAAAUAUAAGGAGAUUUUAAUUAAAAUGAAAUUUCUUAUAUAAUCUCUAACAUAUACAAAAUUGAAAAUGUAGGAGGUUCUUUAUCAAUAUAGGCUACCAAAUUUACUUUUUUUGAUGGAGUUUUUUAUUUUAUUUAAGCAAAAGGUAGUCAAAUCUUUAACAUCAACCUUUAAAUUGAUGGAAUAGUGAUUAUUUAAAAUUGCAAAAUUGCUCAUGCAUAUAAUUCAUUUAUUUCGAAAACUCAAAACGAUGGUGCAAUUACAAUUAAUGCUAAAAAAAGCUUAUUUUCACUUUAUCUAGAAAAUAUUACUUUAUUUGAUGUUAUUAAUAAAUUAUCAUCCUCAAUACUGACCAUAUAUCCUUCUCCAUCAUAAAAUAAUAUUCAGAUAAAAAAUAUAAUAGUAAAAGACUGUUUUUCGCUUGUGAAUUAGAUUCUCGAUUUUGAAUUCGAUUUUUAGAAUGCUUAAUAAAAUAUUGUAAAAUUACAAAAUUUUAGAAUUAUUUCGACUGAAAAUGCUUUCUAUACUUUUCUUUAAUUUCUUGGAAAACUUAGUCUAAUAGAUUUGUAGAAAAUAAUUAACAAUAAUGCAAUUCUGAAUUUUUUAGGAUGUUCAUUAACUUUAAUUGAUAAUCAAAUAGAAGGAAUUAUAUUAUCAUCUGUUUUGAAAAUAUCAGAUUCAAAACAGAUAAUUGUUAUGAAUACCCUAUUUAUUAAUAUAUUAACUUUUUAUCCCUUGUAUUUAGUAGAAGUAUAAUAAAGUAAUAAUUUACAAUCAAAGAUAUAUUUUAAUAAUAUGAAAAUAUAAAAUUUUAAUGAUCUCAAAUUCAAAAAUUAAAAUUACAAUUAUUUUAAUUUUAAUCAUAUUGGGUUAAAUUUAAAUCAAUGCAGUCCAAUAAUUAGUUAUAUAGAUUAGCAAAUAAUAUAAAAGGAACUUAUUUAAACUUUUUUUGAAAAUGUUCUUGUAAAUUCAAAUAAGAAUGGUUCAUUAAUAAAAAUCACUAGUUUUACAAAUUAAACUAGUGUUAUUUUUUCUAAGAUUUCUGUAUUAAAUAAUGAUUGUUAAUAUUGUUAUAAUGGUUUAUUAUAUUUUAAUAUCAAUGAUUUUAAGCAAAUACAAAUUUCAGAAUUAUGUUGUAUAAAGAACAAUAUUAUAAAUUAUGGUUGUAUUUUUGCAAAAUCAGAUAGAAAAGUUAACCAUGAAUUAUAAAUAAAAGAUUCAACCUUUAUUUCUAAUAAUGGCAGAUAAGGAUCUGGUAUUUUAGUUUAAAAUUUAAAAUUUAAAUUAUUAAAUUCCAAAAUUAUUAAUAAUAAUGCUACUUAUAAAGGAGGUGGUUUUUAUUUUGAAGAAGGUUCUGAUAGAUUUAUUAUUUAAUCAACUAUAAUUUGUGAUAAUAAAGCAGAAGAAGCAGGAGGUGUAUAUUUAGAUGGAAAUAGUAGUUUAAAUAACAAUAAUUUUAUUAAAUCCAUUCUGUUAUUUAAUUAAGCUUAAUCUUCUUCAAAUAAUAUUAAUGAAUUACCGUUAAGAUUAACAUUAUCAAUAAAUUAGAAUGAAAUGUUUUCAUCAGAACAUAUAAUUGAAAAUCAUUCCUAUUAGGUCUUAACAUUAAAACCAUUUUAAAUCUUAUCAUAAGAAAAUGUGGUAAAAUCAAAUUUUUUAUUAAUCCCCAGUGGGUAAUAUAUUUAGAAUUAUCAGAUUUAUAAUACUUAAUUUUAGAAAUAUUAGUCUUAUAUUCAUGAAUUUAGCAUGAUAUUAAAAAAUAGUAGGAAUGAAAAAUAAAUAAACUUUUAUAAUUCUACUUGUAAAAUAUAUUAAUAAAUUUUUGAUAUUUAAUUAUAAAAAGUAAUUGAAUAUACAUAAAUAUCAAUGAUUAGUUUUAAUUAUGAUACAAAAAGUUUUAAUUUAAGUUCAUUAGAAUUUAAUUUAGAUCCAUAUAAUUAAGAUAAUAAAAUAUAAGAAAUAUUAAUUUAUUGUAAUACAUAAUAUUAAUAAGAGAGUUUAGCAUAUAGAAUGAGAGUUAAUAGUUUUUUAUGUUAAUUAGGAGAAUUUUAUAUUUUUUCUGGUUGUUAAAAAUGUAAGUCUGAAUAAGGGUUUUAUUCUGUAACAUAUAAUACUACAAAAUGUUCUAUUUUUGAUAAAAAUAAAUUUGAAGCUAUUACAUCUAAUAAAAUAUAAUUAAAACCUGGAUUUUGGAGACCAAAUUAAAUUUCUGAUUAUAUAGAAUAUUGUUAUAAAAAUCCAAUUCAUUGUUUAGGAGGAUGGAAUGUAGGUAAUGAUAUAUGUUCAAUGGGACAUAUAGGUGGAUAUUGUGAAGAAUGUGAUAGAUUUGAUAUUAGAGGAGAUGGAAAAUUCUUUAAAAAUUAAUAAUAACUUGAUUGUUAAAAAUGUCAAGAUGUUUCUAAAAGAUUUUUAGCUUUUUUUCUUAUAUCAAUUUGGUAAAUUUAUAUUAAAUUUAUGAUAGGGCUAUUCUUUCCACUCUUUUAACAAUCAAAAGUAUUGAAAAAUCAAAUUAAUUAUUUGCUUAACUUAAAAUUAGAUAGAAUUUUACUGAAAUUUUAUUCAAACUUAAUUAAGGUAAAGUGAAAUAAAUACAUAUAUUUUAGAUCAUGAAAGUAUUUUAUUAAAAUUAUUUUUGAAUUAUAUAUGGGUGUUUUCUCUCAUAUUUACAUUCAAUAUUAGUUUUUCAUUUUCAUUAAACUUUGUUAAAUAAUCUAAUGAUACUUCUUAUUUUAUGGCAAAUUAUUUUGAAUGCUUUUUGGCUGAAAUUUCAGGAAUGGAAUUGAUGUAUAGUAGAAUUUUAGUAAUGUUUGGACUUAUGGCUAGCUAAAUAUUAAUUAUCUUUUUAGGAUUUUAAAUAUUAUCAAAAUAUUAAAAAUCUAAAUUUCAUAGUAGAAUUAUCUCAAUUACAUGUCUAUAUUUAUAUAUAUAAAAUUAUGCUUCAUUGAUCAAUCAGUAAAAUUUAUAAUUUAAUUUUAGAUUUUUCUAAAUUCUAGCAAUUAGAAAGAUAUCAAAUUUAGAUUAUAUAUCUGGAGAUGUAUCCUUAAUUUAUGGUUCAUAGAAUCAUAUCACAUGGAUUUAUGCAUUUGCAAUACCUGGAUCUAUAAUAAUAGGAUUAAUAUUACCAUUAUCAUUAUUUUUAAUUUUGUACAUCAAAAAAGAUUAACAUAACAAAAUUAAAUUUAGAAGACAUAUUGGUUAUUUAUUUAAUGAAUAUAAUAAAAAGAAUUAUUUUUGGGAAAUGAUUAAAUUAUGGAAGAAAACAAUUAUCAUUAUUAUCCUCAUCUAUUUUGAAACUGAUAUCUUUUUAAAAGCCUCUCUAUUAGGACUUUGUUUAUUAAUUUAUCAAUUAAUAGCUCUUCACUAUAAACCAUAUAUACUUAAGAAAUUUAAUAUUUCUGAUAUCAAAAGUAGCCAUUUAUGUUAAAUUGCAAUAUUUUUAGCACUUAUAAAAUAUAUUUGUGAAUAAUAAGACCAAUAAAAUAUUUAAACUAUAAUUCAAAUACUUAUCAUCUUCGAUAGCAUAAUAUUGAGUUAUCCAUUUAUUAUAGAUAUUUUGAGAGUGUAUUAUUCAAAAUACAGGUUGCAAAUUUUAUAACUUCUUUUGUAAGCUUUUCAAACUUUUAAACCUAAUUUUGUAUUCACAAAGUUUUUGAGGAAAAAGUUAUAACUCAUAAGUUAAAAAGAAAAGAGGGUUUAAAUUAAUAUCUAAAAAAUGAAAAAAUUAAUUUUUUUAAGAAACUUUGGAACCACUUAGUAAUUUUAUAUUUUUAAUAUUAGAGUGAAAAAUAGUUAUUUAUAGAGUGCUACAUCAUAGACUAAACCAAUUUAAAUAACUCUAAACACCAAUUUAUUAAAAUAAAAAUGA